UCGGUUGCUGCAGUAUUGGCGGUGUGGAGCUGAUGCCGUUAUUUAUGUUCAAUCACGGCAAAUGCAAUUGUAUAACAAGAGGUGCAAGAUUCAAUACUCAGUGAUAACGGUUGUCAUUCACGCAAUUUAUAAUCUCAAUGCAACAGAGUUGACCUCAAAUUUCGCUAACGCGACCCGAAAAUACACGCACACUAACGUAUUAAUAUGUGAAAGUGAACAAGUCCGGCGAGCUUUUAGUAUAGUUAAGCGAAAAUCUCACACAUGUUUAGAGCGAAAUGCUAAAUUUAGAUAAUGCCAAUGAUGGCAGCGAUGCUGAUGAGUUUCAAACACCUCCUACAUUACCUCAGCCUCGACCCCAGCCCGGAGAGGAGUCUGCACAGGUGCUGGCCGAACAGGCCACACGGCCAAAUGUUAGCAUUCAGCCACCGUACUCGGCCCCCUUGGCCCCUUACGAUAUGGAACUGGUAAAGCGAGCCGGUCUACAGGGCAAGCUGCUGGCUAAAGAGAGCAUCUGGGGAGGCGCGAUAAAGCUAGACGACAGAGGCGCCGAGGCAACGACACGUUUCGUUGAUCUUGAGCGAGGCGGAGAAGCCGGAAAGGCCAGAAAGUCAUCGACUGAAUCACUGAGCUUGCACGAGAAACGGGCGCGAUUCGCUGAGAGCGGCCUAUCCUCCACCUAUCAACUGCCAGACACUGUCGGCUCGUUGACCAACGGGAAGAACCCCACCUUAAAUCAGACGGAUCCUCUGCUGCCAAUGCCAGAGCCCACGGAGAGCUACGAUGAGCGCGAGUGCAGCUGUCCGCGUGAAUAUUAUCAGAGAGCCGAGCUGAACACCUCACUCUUCUUUGCGGACUGCAAGCGCUCCAUAGAUUUCGUGCUGGCCUACAGGACCAAUCCUAACGAGGCGACGGAGGCGGAAAAUGAGGAAAAGCGGCGCAUCUUCCAGGAGAAUCUAAUACAGCAAGGCCUCGAGGUGGAGCUCAGUGAAAAGGACCAGAUUUACUUUGUCAAGAUCCAUGCACCACUGGAGGUGCUGCGUCGCUAUGCGGAGAUACUUAAGCUGCGUAUGCCCAUGAAGGAGUCAUUAUGUAAUUUGCGCGUUUAUGAAAGGUCAAACCGUCUACACAAUGCGGCACAUUAUUUGUCGAAGAAGGUCUGCAAAAAAGUUCAGAUACCCGGUUUGUCUGUGGUUGAUCGUUCCUCAAAAAGUGUUUUUUCUAGUCUCAGAUCAUCCUGCCAAUUCUUUUUGCAACACAUCUAUGUGGACGAGAAUUACUUUCCAAAGCGUGCGCAUCGCUUCACAGCCAUCUACAGUCGUGAUAAGGAGUAUUUGUUCGAUAUACGUCAGGAUUGCUUUUUCACAACGGCAGUGCGUUCACGUAUCGUGGAAUUCAUUUUGGAUCGACAGCGUUUUCCUGCCAAGCGACAGAAUGACAUGGCCUUUGGCAUUGAACGUCUGGUGGCCGAGGGUGUUUACUGUGCGGCGUAUCCACUACAUGAUGGCGAAAUUACAGAGAAGGGCACUAUGCGGGAGCUGCUCUAUACACACUGGGCUUCAGUGAAAAAAUGGUAUCGCUAUCAGCCGCUAGAUGACAUUAAGGAGUACUUUGGCGUCAAGAUUGGUCUCUACUUUGCCUGGUUGGGCUACUAUACGUAUAUGCUGCUGCUGGCUUCCAUUGUGGGCGUCGCGUGUUUUAUUUACUCCUGGGUUUCCCUCGAUAACUAUGUGCCCGUCAAGGACAUUUGCCUACGCUCAAACUCGAACACCACAAUGUGCCCGCUGUGCGAUUGGUGUGAAUUCUGGAAUCUCGGCGAGACGUGCAAUUAUGCCAAAAUUACAUACCUCAUCGACAACCCGAGCACCAUAUUCUUUGCCGUCUUUAUGUCAUUUUGGGCGACGUUAUUCUUGGAGCUCUGGAAACGCUAUUCGGCUGAGAUAACCCAUCGCUGGGAUUUGACGGGCUUCGAUGUGCACGAGGAGCAUCCGCGGCCACAGUAUCUGGCACGUUUGGAGCACAUUGAGCCCACGCGCACGGACUAUGUGACCAAUAUAAAGGAGCCAAGGGUGCCGUUUUGGCGCAUGAAACUGCCAGCGACAGUGUUCAGCUUUUCCGUUGUGGUGCUGCUCAUUGCCUUGGCUUUUGUGGCACUCGUUGCCGUCGUUGUGCAUCGCAUGUCCAUGCUGGCAGCCCUCAAGGUGGAUGGCAGUGGCAUGACCACAUCGAAAGCAAUUGUUAUAGCCGCUGCAUCGGCGGCCUUUGUGAAUCUCUGUUUGCUCUACAUACUGAACUAUUUAUACAAUCACUUGGCCGAGUAUCUGACUGAGCUGGAAAUGUGGCGCACGCAAACGCAAUUCGAUGAUUCGCUGACGCUCAAGAUUUAUCUGUUGCAGUUCGUGAAUUACUACGCCUCGAUAUUUUAUAUAGCAUUCUUUAAGGGCAAAUUCGUGGGGCAUCCGGGAGAGUAUAUUACCGUCUUUAAAUACCGUCAAGAGGAGUGCUCUUCGGGUGGCUGUUUGACGGAGCUUUGCAUACAGCUGGCUAUUAUAAUGAUUGGCAAGCAGGCAUUUAAUACCAUUUUGGAGGUCUACCUGCCGAUGUUUUGGCGCAAGGUGCAAGCUAUUCAAGUUGGCCUUUCACGUCUGUUUGGCAAUUCGGUUAAGCCCGACAAGGCCAAGGAUGAGCGCUGGAUGCGUGACUUUAAGCUACUCGAUUGGGGAGCACGCAGCUUGUUCCCCGAGUAUCUGGAAAUGGUUUUGCAAUAUGGUUUUGUCACCAUCUUCGUGGCUGCCUUUCCGCUGGCGCCGUUCUUUGCGCUUCUCAAUAACAUACUCGAAAUGCGGCUGGAUGCCAAGAAACUGCUCACCCACCACAAACGGCCCGUGUCCCAGCGUGUCCGAGAUAUUGGCGUUUGGUAUCGCAUUCUGGACUGCAUUGGCAAACUGAGUGUCAUCACGAAUGGCUUCAUUAUUGCCUUCACUUCGGAUAUGAUACCACGCUUGGUGUAUCGCAGCCUAAAGUCACCAGAUGGAAGCUUAAAUGGAUACCUGGACUUUACCUUGUCCGAGUUUAGAAUAUCUGACUCAUCCAAGCUACGUAGCUUAGCUGGAGACUUUUCAAACAUAACCACGUGCAAGUACACGGAUUACCGAGAGCCGCCCACUUCGCCGAACAAAUAUCAUUUGACGAGCACUUUUUACAUAAUUUUAGCUUGUCGCCUGGGAUUUGUUGUGGUGUUUGAAAACUUUGUAGCUCUAGUGAUGAUACUGGUGCGCUGGUGUAUACCGGACAUGAGCGUGGAGCUGCGGGAUCAAAUCAGACGUGAGGUUUACAUAACCAAUGAGAUAAUCAUCGAUCAGGAAGCACAACGCGCACGUUUUGAACGUGCGAAACGUAACUAUUCACUGGCAAGAGCUGCGAGCGUUCAAGAUAUGGAUGCUGCCUCGGUAGAUGAACCCAAUUCGAAGUUUAUACAAAUUGAAAAGCUACUCAACGCGAAUCUCUCACAAAUUGAAAUGGACUCAAUUAUACAUGGCGAGAAUACGACCACAGGCAUCUCUGGUGCUGACUGCUAGCUCCCUAUGCUCUCUUCUAACAAUGCUCGGUGAUGAUAUUUAGUUUAGUAAAUUCCUAGUUUAGCCUAUUUAGCAUAGGCCUCAAAGUGUUUAAUUCGUUGUGUUAUGCCAGUUCCUUGCAAGAAACUUAAUUAGUUAUACGAAGUGCUUUACAUUUUUUUAUUUAACAAUAUGGUUUAAAGCUUUAAUCACACAAAUAUUAUCCCAGUUUUGUUUAAUAUUGUAAAUGAAAUUAUUGGGCACAACUGCAAAGACUUAGCACAAAUCUAGUUAAAAUUUUGUUCUGGCUCAUCAGUUGCCAAAGUGGGAGCUA